ACCUCUCACCAACCCUGCUAGCACUAUCAGUUUAGUUGACAAAUGGAUGCACCCUUUCUUGGUUGGAUCAAAUGUAACACUGAUGAUGCUUAUGAUGAAUUAUCUGGAGCAAAUGGUUCAAGAUAUAUGAUGAGAGAUUCUUUCUGCAAAGCCUCCUUCUGUGCAACACUGGUGUUUCAUGUUCAAUCGGCAGAGGAAGCUGAAGCAAGAGGAAUUUGGGCAGGUUUACAGAAAGCUCUGGAGCAAAAGUUCACCCACAUCAUCAUAGAAAGUGAUGCAAAGAACUUGAUAGACAGGUUCUCGGGCAGGAUAUUUUGAUGGAGAUAGUCAUACUGAUGCUAUUUUCAAAGACAUUCAGUUCUUCUCUUUACAGUUUGUAGAAUGUAUUUUUAGUUUUCAACCUCGUAUUUGUAACAAUGUAGCUCAUGAACUUGCUAAAUGGGCAAAAAACAGCAAUUCUUCUCUUUCGUUACUUCCAACAGUCGAGGGGAUCAUUAGCCUUUGCGAUCUAUGAAUUACUAUAAAAUGUCACGCCGAAACACGAGAAUUAGGUUUAGGGUUGGGGAUCAUUUGAAUUUCUGUUGCAAGUAUCUCUGGCUGGCUCCUUUGCGAUUCAUCUUGAAUUUUUCUGUUUGAGGUUGAUUGAUUUUGUAAUGAUAUUCCUAUAAGGUCCUUCUUCUUUCUUUGCGUUUAAUUGCAUAGGAGGAGAUUAAUCCAAUUCUGCUGCUGCUCUGGUUUGGAGCAAAUUCAAUUCUGUUGCUGCUCUGGUUUGGAGCAAAUCCAAUUUUGCGUAACAAUGAAAGCAUGUUUUUAUUCUGAUGGAGCAGUUAUCUUCUGUGGUGGAAACAGAAGUGGUAUGACUACUUAUCCUGAUUAUCCUGAUGAACAAGUUAUCUGUGGAGGAAACAUCAGGGAUAUGACUACUUAUCCUGAUGAAGAAGUUAUCUGCGGAGGAAACAACAGGGAUAUUCCUGAUUCUAUAGAGGAUACUUUUCAGGCUGCUCUUCCUGAUUCUUUACCGUCAGAUGAUGAAUAUUCCUCCUCUGUCAGCUCAGGGGAAGACUCCGAUGCUGAUGAAGAUGGUGUAUGUGGCAAGACUUUUCAGGCUGAUCUUCCUGUUUUUAUUCCAUCAAAUGAUGAAUAUGCCUCCUAUAUCAGCUAUUUGUACUCGGAGGAGGAAGAGGAUGAAGAAUCUGAUGAUGAUGAAAAUGCAGCAAGUAUUGUUGGUGAGGAAAACGAAGUUCGCCUGCUUGAUAUUUAUUGUGAUCAUCGAGAAGGGGUGAAUCUUUUCAAGUCAAGCAAGCCCUCUAAGCAAGAGUGGAAGGCUAGUUGGCCAACAGAAGGCGAGACAGCAAAAUUUGCUUGGGUCCAUGUGUAUGGUUUUUAUGAUGCAGAAACAAAUCAAGGAGGAUAUGGAGUUAUUAUGCGCAAUAUGGCUGCAAAGCCAAUAGCUGCUUCCACCUAUUUCUCACUGUAUGGAGUAACUCAUCUUUAUCAAGUGUUGAAGGGAUUAGAUGCUGGUCUCAAACUUGCUUUAAAACAUGGCUGUUCUAGUCCUCGUGUAAUUUGCAAUUCCAGAGUAGUUGUUCGGCUUCUCAUUAAACUGCCUCUGGUUUUUGCCAUAAACCUAAUUGCAUUGGGAUAAAAGUCAAUAAUGUUUGCCAGAGCUGUACAAUGAGCAUGGUGCUUCAUAUGACUAGUGCUUCCUUUAAACCUGUGGCACCUCUCAUUAAUUCACUCCAAGGUAAGCUGCAUUCCUCAAAUUUUUCAAGGCAGUCAAGGAUAUGGAACAAAGCUGCGUAUUAUCUUGCAAAACAGGCAAAAAAGACAUUACUGGUCUUUGGCUGGGGCUUUAGAGAUUACAAGGCUGAUAUUAAACCAGAGAAAUUUUCAGUUGACCUACUGACAUUCUGUGGAAAGAUGCUUAUGAUUCGCUUUACUACAACUUGGAAGCGAGGGCUAGCAUCGUGCAGUCAUCCUGCAA